GGCCAUUUUUCUUUUCAUUUGGCAAGUGAAGUACGAUCUGUGAACAAAAUGUUUUCGCGGCUGGCUCUUCGCAAUGCACAAAUCCUGCCUGUUAUGGCCCAGAGGGCACAGGCCACGACCAGCACGACAUUUGAACGCCCAAAACGACUUAUGGACCCAUCCCCCACCCGUCUUGGAAUCGUUCCCGAAGAAUGGUUCACAUUUUUCUACCAGAAAACGGGAGUCACAGGUGAUUAA